AUGAAUUCGUUUAUAGUGCUUAUUUUUGCUUUGGCAGCCUAUGCCUGCGCCGAGCCAGAAAUCGUUCCAGUGCCAGGAGGCAAAAGCGGUUCCGGAAUAACAACGCGUUACUGGGACUGCUGCAAGCCGAGCUGUGCUUGGAGGGAGAACCUUGGACAAAGCGGAAAAACGGUACCGGUACGAUCCUGCACUAAGGAUGGCAGAAGUACCUGCGAUAUCGAACAAGAAACUGGAUGCUAUUUGAAUAGUACAAAGGCCUCGUAUAUGUGUUCUGAUCAAGGACCGUGGGCUUAUAACGAAACUAUCAGCUAUGGAUUUGUUGCUGCAUCAUUCAAAGGUGGUGACGACAACAGCAAAUGCUGCUCCUGCGUCGUGCUAAAAUUCCAAGGAGCACUUCUAGGUAAAAAACUAAUCGCGCAAAUCACCAACACCGGCGGACCUUUGUUCCAGAAUCACUUUGACAUUGCCAUGCACGGUGGCGGAGUUGGACCAGCCACUUUUGGCUGUUGGAAUCAAUGGAAUGCUCCGUUUGGAGGAUGGGGACAGCCCAAUGGAGGAGAAUGUGACCAAUUGCCAUCAGAUUUUCAAUCAGGAUGCAGAUGGAGGUUCAACUGGCUUGGAGUGGAUAAUCCGGAUGUGGAAUUUGAAGAAAUUUAUUGUCCUCAUGAACUCACCAGGAUUACUGGAUUGGCAGCUUAUGCCUGCGCUGAACCCGAAAUCAUUCCAGUACCAGGAGGAAUAAGCGGUUCCGGAAUAACAACCCAUUACUGGGACUGUUGCAAGCCGAGCUGUGCUUGGUGGGAGAACCUUGGCGAAAGCGGAAAAACGGUACCGGUACGAUCCUGCACACAGGAUGGCAGAAGUACCUGCGAUAUCGAACAAGAAACUGGAUGCUAUUUAAACAGUACAAAGGCUUCGUAUAUGUGUUCUGAUCAAGGACCAUGGGCUUAUAAUGAAACUAUCAGUUAUGGGUUUGUUGCUGCAUCAUUCAAAGGUGGUGAUGACAAUUCCAAAUGCUGCUCCUGCGUCUUACUAAAAUUCCAAGGAAAAAUUCUCGGCAAACAAUUAAUCGCCCAAAUCACCAAUACUGGUGGACCUUUGUUCCACAAUCACUUCGAUAUUGCAAUGCACGGCGGCGGAGCUGGACCAGCUACUUUUGGUUGUUGGAAUCAAUGGAAUGCACCGCUAGGAGGAUGGGGAAGCCCGAUUUCAGGGGUAGCAACAGUUGAAGAAUGUGAUGAGUUGCCAUCAGAUUAUCAAGCAGGUUGUAGAUGGAGGUUCAACUGGCUCGGAGUCGAGAAUCCGGAUGUAGAGUUUGAGGAAAUUGUUUGUCCUCAGGAACUUACCAGGAUUACUGGAUGUAGUUAGUUGAAUUGUCUUAGUCAAUUCCAUCUUAUAUAUUUAUUAACCCUUUUUAUCUUAAAAUGUUUUAUUUUCCACGCUACUACGUAUUUUAUUAAGGGCUCUCAUUUAGCGAAUCUGCCCUUGGGACAGGAAGUCGUUUCGAUGGCUUGGAACUUUAACUUUAUUAAUCAGUCUACUGAGAAAAUGCUGAUAUUGAGGAAGUUUUCAACUUUCUGUAACACCUUAGUAUAUUAAAACGAUAUUAUUGCAGUUUCUUGGAAGUAAAUAAAGUUUUUUUAAAAGACCUAAA